GUACAGAACCUCAAAUCUGCUACCAGCUGAAGACUAGAAACUUUCAAUCAAAAUGUGGUUCAUCAUCUCUGUACUUUUCUUCGGGUUAUGCUCAGGUCAGGACCAGAAUAUUCCCCCUGGUAUGUGUCAGGAUUUUCCUUUCGAUGCAUGUACGCCACAAAAUGCGACAAAAGAUGACGUUGUUGGGUUAAAUCAAGAGAGCUUUCAAGAACAGUGUCCAAUGGUUAAGGAGUUCUUACGAUGUCUGAGAACACGUGAAGAAGUUUGUGGCGUGGUAAUAUUCGACAGACCAAUGGUGUACGAUCGUAUUAUGAAUAUUGUAAACGACAUCUGUGAUAACAGCACUUCACUUCAUCAAGCCUUUAUCGAAAGUAUACCUUGCUACAAGCAUGCAAAGGACAACCUUAAGCAGGUUUGCUUCGAUUCUAAGCCCGACCUCUUUUGGACGUACGAAGAUUUCAGUGCCCAUCACAUGCAGCAAGACUACCUAAUAUCUGAAACCUGUAAGACAUCUGGAACCGAGUAUUUAAACUACGGGAAACUGCGUUGCCUAAAUUACGUUUACGUCAUUUCCUGUGUCGCCGACUAUGCAGCUGCCCAAUGCUCAAGCCUUGCCCGAAAUGUUACGGUAGAAUUUGCUCGUCGAGCUGACUACGGAACACUGGGAUGUUCCGAUAGAUCGGCUGAAUUGCUCUGGCCCGUUAUUCCGAAUUUGAGUUUGACAGAAACUAUGAAGCAGUCCCUGAUGAGAACUCUAGAAGGUCUUCUUUAAAGCAUAUAAUUAGAUAAAAACAGACAAAUCGAUUGCUUACUGUGUAUUAACUUUAACAGAAUAUGGAAUGUCAAUACGUAAACAUUGAA